CGCAGCGUGGGCCGGCCGGAUCCCUCGCAGGGCGGGGAUGAUCGUCCGCCCGGGAUCCGUGGUUGACCCGGACUGGCACAGCACGGAGGAAGGCAGAGCUUACUCGGGCGCCCUCUUGCGCCGGGCGCAGCGCCGAUCCUUCGGACUGAUCGAGAGACCAGUGGUGGCUCCGCAGGCGGCUGCCGACGUAGCCGGUUACAAGGUCUUCGUAUCCGGCAAGAGCGGCGUGGGAAAAACCGCUUUGGUGGCCAAGUUGGCCGGUCUGGAGGUGCCCCUGGUGCAUCAUGAGACCACAGGGAUCCAGACCAGCCUUGUCUACUGGCCGGCAAAACUACGAGAGAGCGGCAAGGUGCUCUUUUUCAAGUUCUCCUUCUGGGACUGUGGCGAAGCCAUGCUGAGAAAGUUUGACCACAUUUUACCCGCCUGCAAAGAGAAAGCGGACGCCGUCCUCUUCUUGUUCUCCUUCACGGAUCGCGCGUCCUUUCUCGACCUCCCUCACCAAAUCUCUCGCGUGACAGACGGAACGAGGCACAUGGUCCGAAUGGUUGUGGGCACCAAGUUUGACCAGUUUGCCCACACGGAUGUGACCGAAUCAGACAUGGCAUCUUUCUCCCACACCUGGGGUUUGCCGGUCUUGCGGACAAAGAGUGUCGGCGAGCGGCACUCGGACGGAUACGCCGGCCUAGCUGAGGUGGCCCAUCUCUUGAACAGGCUCGCCGAACAUCUCUGGAGGCAGGACCAGGUGGCGGCCGGCCUAGUUUCUGGAGAGGAGAGCCCUACCAUACCGCAAGCACUGGCUUCAUGAAAUCCU